AUGUCAAUUGUAGACAGUCCAAUACCGCUAUCUGAUAUAGAGUCCGUGCUAUCCUGGGUAGAUACUUUUAAACUGUCGCGACCGACUAAGAAAAUUAACAGGGAUUUCUCUGAUGCAGUACUCCUGGCGGAGAUCCUUAGCGUGCACUAUCCGAAGCUGGUUGAGAUGCACAACUACCCUCCAAGGAACAGUCAUUCGUUGAAGCUGAAUAACUGGAUGACGUUAAAUCGGAAAGUGCUGAAGAAACUGAAGUUGAACUUGUGCUGCAAUACUAUGGAACAGCUGGCGAACUGUGCGCCUGGCGUUAUUGAAAGAGUACUGAUUAUGGUGAGAGAUAAGAUACAACGCGACGAGGAACUGAACAAGAGUUUGAAUCCCGAACAAAACGUCUCCAGCGGCGGCAGUUACUAUGAGGCUUGUGGAGACGAAGAACACGUGUUAAUUGUCCCCGUAAAGUCGAGGGUGAACGGUACAUUGGAGACAAUACAACAGAAGGUCGUCAGCUACGAGUCUUAUAUGACACUGAAACAAGAAUUGAAGGAUACGAAGGAUUCGAUUGAAGUUCUCAAACAAAAGGUAGACCAUCUUGACACUUUAAUAAAAUUGAAGGAAGAAAGGAUUGAUGAAUUGCAAAAGCAGCUAGAGAGAAAGCAAUCCAGGCGUAAAGAGAUAGAGGCGUUACAGAACAGUCUCGUCAUUCCAUUCGAAAUAGAACCACCUUCUCCAAAACUCAAUGAUAUUGUGAAUGCACCGAAUAAACCACUGCUCGUAAAAAAUGCGGACUCGGCCAGUAAGAUACCUAAGCUGGAAGACUUUACAAAGACGGCUAAUCACGAAGAAUCAACAAAACUAGAAGAAUCUAAAAUUCCAAUUCCCAAAGUGGACUUAAUUAAAUCUUUAUCUAAGCCUAGUAUAACCGAAGUUGCGUCUGAGCAACUUUCAAAAGAACCAGUAAAAAUAGAAAACGUGAAAUCUGAAGUUUUUAAAGAAAUAGAAAUUAUCGAUCAGAGAACCUUUGAUGCCUUUCUCGAUAACGAAGAAUAUAUAGAUAGCGAAUCAGGAAAUAAUGUUAUGACUAUAGCAAAUACAAUACAAAAAGAAAUAAGUGACAUUAGUCAAAUGAAUUUUAUUCAAAAUAUGAACUGUUUUAACUAA